AUGGUCAUCCUCAUCGUUGCUCUCCUCUCGGCGUUGAUUUUUCUUCUAUACUCUUUUACAGCAAAGACGCAGUCUUCCGGUGGUCAGAAUGACACACAGCAAGAGCCUCUUAUGUUUGGAGAUCUCAAACAAAGGCCACUUAAACGCUGGAAAGUAAAAAAGGCGGGCAAGAAAAAGAAAAAGAAGGCACAAAUGUUGGAAGAAGCGAACCGAAAGUGGCACGAAAUGUAUGGCUCGGAUAAUUCUGAUUACGAGGAGAAAAAAGAUUUGCGAACAGUGCCUUUUGGAAGUAUGGAGAUGAUAGCAGCCAAAAGAGUCAGUUUUAGAGACACUAUAAAGGAUGUAUACCUUAUCGAAAACAAGGAAGAAAUGAAGCGACUUGAACGACUCGGGAAGUCAGGCUAUGACGUCACUAUUAGAAGACACCAUCCAUCUGUGUGUGAC